AUGAAGCUCUCCAACCCGGACGCUGUGUCCGUGUACACAGUCUCCGGAGGUGCUGGGAAAACACUACCAGACUGGCUCGCUAGGCGGAGGAAAAGGGACAUCAAAGACGAUCUUGAGUACCAGAACCGAGUCGAACUCCUGCAGGACUUUGAAUUCGAGAGCGCAUCCAUGUGCAUCAAGAUCUCAGACGAUGGCAACUGGGUCAUGUCUACAGGAACCCUUUCAAAUCCUCUCCCCGACUAUUCCAAAUCUAUCCAUCUCCAGAAUGACCGCAGGAUUGAGUUCCAUACCCCCAAUGGGUGCCACUUUGAGACCCGAGUCCCAAGGUAUGGGAGAGACAUUCUUUAUGACAGGAAUUCCACCGAAGCCCUUAUCCCCGCUGUCGGUUACGAUGCCGACGGCAACGGUGAGGUCUUCCGCAUGAACCUCGAACAAGGGAGGUUCAUGAGGAGUUACCACAUCGAUCUGGGCGAGUCGGAGAUGGGAGAGGGGCUGCAAGGUGGUAUCAAUGCGGCGAGCGUCAACGUUGGUGCUAUAGCGGAGACUACACACAAUCUUCUAGCCUUUGGUACCUCGAUAGGAACCGUGGAGUUCUGGGAUCCUCGCUCAAAGGCUCGUGUUGCGCGCCUUGCGGGACACGAUGGCGGCGUAACGGCGCUGAACUUCAAUCCUUCCGGUCUAUCCCUGGCUACCGGGUCGGCGAAUGGCAUCAUCCAACUCUUCGACCUCCGACGGCCCGUUCCUCUUCUCAGAAAAGACCAGGGAUACGGUUUCGCUGUACAUAAGCUUAUCCACAUGACGACCGCUUCACAGGAGAAGAAGAUUCUGUCGGCUGACAAGAAAAUUAUCAAGAUCUGGGACGAAGCUACCGGAGAGCCUUGGACGUCCGCCGAACCGACAGUAGAUUUGAAUGACGUGGCGUGGUGCAAGAACAGCGGCCUACUUCUCACAGCAAACGAGGGCGCAGCGCAACACGCGUUCUUUAUCCCCCAACUCGGACCCGCGCCCAAGUGGUGCUCGUUCUUGGACAAUCUUGUGGAGGAGCUCGCAGAAGAGGCCAAACCCGAAACAUACGAGAACUACAAGUUCUUGACAAUACCCGAGUUGAAGUCGCUCAGCCUUGCUCACCUGAUCGGAAAGUCCAACCUCUUGCGACCGUAUAUGCACGGCUUCUUUGUCGCCUCUAAACUCUACGAUCAAGCGCGCCUCAUCGCGAAUCCUUACAUGUGGGAAGAGGAACGCGUCAAGAGGGUCAAGGCGAAGAUUGAGAAGGAGCGAGAAUCGCGCAUCCGUGGAAAGAAGAAGGUCAAGGUUAAUCAGCAGUUGGUUGACAAGCUGCUCAAGAAGCAAGAGAACAGGGAGGUCGUGGAUGUCACCGCUGGUAUUCUCGGCGAGGACCGUUUCGGAAAGAUGUUCGAAGACGAGGAAUUCAAGGUCGACGAGACGAGUUGGGACUACAGGCUGGUCAAUCCGAGCGCUGCUGCCGCCGCCACCCAGGCCGCCGCCGCGUCGAAUGGCGGAGAUGGCAAGACACGGUUCCGGAAGGGAGGGGCAAAGGCCAACGACUCGGAGGGUGAGGAUGCUCGUCCUGCCCCUAUACGCAGGAUGCCUUUCAAAUCUUCUCAGCCCGAGAGGGGUGGUAGGGAUGUCGCGAUGAGAGUCUCUUCCUCCCAAGCGCAUGGCAUGCGAAUGCGAGACAAUGCCUUUGGCAAGCGAAUCACCUCUUCUGGCAGGAUCACAAAACCACGGGCCGGCAAUGUGGUGGGCGAGCAGUCAAUGAGUUUCGUGCCAGCGUCCAGGAAGCAGAGACAAGACCAACAGCCAGAGCUCCCCACCAGGGCGAAGCGGACUGACGCGAGGAGAAGUGCCAGCGGGAAUACUUUCCGUCGCAUGUAA